GCUUUCGGCGUUACUUCAGCACGAUGCUCGUUUGCCUGGGAUGGGUAUUCGAUGAAUUCCGAUUGAAACGUUUUUGUGCAAACCACACUUCGUAGCCAGAACUAUUUAAAAACUUUUCUUCUUUCGUAGCAUAAAACAGCUGACGAUAAGAUGAGAUGGACAACAAUCGAAUGAAAAUCAAGCAAAGCGAUCGCAACGCCAAUCCGAGAAACUGCUUGAUCGAUCGUCAUUUACUUACUCAUUGAAUAACUUUAUUUUCCGUUGCAAACAAUCGUAAAUAACAGAGUGAAAAUACGUGAUACGUAUGUUGAAAAAUGAACAAUCAACAAGUGGAGCUGUAAAAAAGUUGUUUCGCCACGUUUGUCAACAACAAAUAGACCAGUUUGCAAGCUUCGGUCGAAUUUCCAGCAGAGUGCAGAUCAUUCCCACGACAUUUAUGGUUGCCUGUGGUGUCUUGAGAAAUUUGAACAUUUGAUAGACUCGUGGCAAGAACAACUGUAAGAUGGGAGGUUCUCAUAGUAUAGAGAUACCCGGCGGAGGAACAGAAGGCUACCAUGUAUUGCGGGUGCAGGAUGGCUCACCCGGGCAGAAAGCAGGCCUCGAAGCUUUUUUCGAUUUUAUAGUGGCUAUAGGAAAUACGCGUUUAGAUCAAGAUAAUGAUACGCUUAAAGAACUCUUAAAAGCUGGAGUAGAUAAGGAAUUAUCUAUAACAGUUUACAGUAGUAAAACUCAAUCUAUUAGACAAAGUACAAUAAUGCCUAGCAUGACAUGGGGAGGUCAAGGUCUAUUAGGAGUCAGUAUUAGGUUUUGCUCAUUUGAAGGUGCUAAUGAAAAUGUCUGGCAUGUUCUGGAAGUGCACCCAUCUUCACCUGCUGAAUUAGCUGGAUUGAGACCAUUCACAGAUUAUAUUAUUGGAUCAGAUUCUGUUUUACAUGAAAGCGAAGAUUUAUUUUCAUUGAUUGAAGCCCAUGAAUCUAGGCCUCUCAAGCUGUAUGUUUAUAAUAUAGAUGAUGACUCUUGCAGAGAGGUAACAAUCACGCCUAACACCACAUGGGGAGGUGAAGGAAGUCUUGGUUGUGGCAUUGGAUAUGGUUAUCUGCACAGAAUACCAGUUAGAAGUAAUGCAGAUCACAAAUCUGUUCAUAUUUCUUCAACAACUGUUCAAAGCACUGCUCCAAAUGCCCAACUGGCUCCGAAUGUUCCAAUAAAUCCUGAAACAUCAAGUACAAUCUCUCAAUUCACUACUCAUACAAGUUUCACACCAACAAAUCUGCCACCUCCAAGCUUUGUUUCACCUUCUGCAGAUGCUGCAAAAACAAAAGAAGCUAUUUCUGUGUCUCAUCCUAUAACUACACCUAUGCCAUCUCAAUAUCAUUUUACACCACAACUAGAUUCAAAUGUCACUGAGACAACUAGUGAAAUAUUUACACCUAACACUAUAUAUUCACCUCAGCAGGCACAGACCAUUCCCAUGUAUUCAUCACAACAAGUACCAAUGUACUCUCCGCAACAUUCUUUUAUGAGUUCUCCACAAUUCUCUCCUCAAACUAUAGAACCUGCAGAUCAUGGGAUGCCUAAUAUUCCAGGAAUGCCAAUGAAUCCACCAUUGCCAACAUUCUCAUCACAGAGCCCAAUUGAUAAUACUUUCUAUCAAAACUACAAUGCUCCACCGACAUCGGUGUCUGUAAGCAUACCGAAUUAUAAUGCAUCCCAACCUCAAGUUGUGACAACUCCAAUUUCGUUGCCUGGAAUGCCGCCAAUCACUGUCAGUGCAUCUAUGCCACAAAACUCACCGUAUUAUCAGCCACCAAUGCAACAGAAUCAGAAUCCCAGCUCUAAUUUUGUACUGCCGCCAGCACAAUAACAGAGAACUAAAUUGGAAGUUUGAAGAGAAAGUGAAAAACCAAAAUUAUUACGAUUGUGAUGUGCGUGAGGGAACACUGGUAUAAUUGACUGAUUUUCAGAGAAAAAUUUGCAUUUACAAAGAUGAAAAUGAAUGAUACAUCUUUGGUAUAAUGAGUUGUAAUAAUCUGAAAAAAUGCAGUAGAUCUUUUCAUGAAAAUUGAUAAAGUUGCAAAAGCUACUGUAUUUGUAUUGUAAAUAAAGAAAUGGUAACUUUGUUAA